AUGGCGAAGGGCGGCCCCUUUGCCCCACUCGACGGUGCCCGCAGCCCCUUUUCCCUGCUUGUGUUCGCCUCGAUAUGCACCGCGUUCACUGGACUGCAGGACGUGUUCCUGGCGGCGUGGCUGCAGCAGCUGCUGACGCUCCGCUUCUUCUCCGCGGCGCGCGUGGGCGACCGGUCGUGGCGGGACGUCGUUGCACUCACCGUCGUCGUUAUCGCAACGCAGGCAUGCGGCACGACAGUGGCGUACGGAAACUACGCCUUGAGCUUGGCGGCCAACAUCGUCGCCUCCUGCCAUGUCGCGGUUGCCAACGUGCUGCCAUGCCUUGCUGACUCGCUCUUCCGCUUCACCUACAGGCGCUCACCACACCUGCAUCCGCUCGUCUUCCCCCUCGUCUCCGCCUCUAUCUGGAGCUUCCUCUCGCUGCUCUCCCCCUUUGGUGCCUUAGCCCACCCGUUCUACUCGCUGUGCACCCUGCUGCCGCUCGUGCAAGCCACGUCGUUUGUGGGCAUGGAUGGUGUCCUGCUGCUGGUGGGCUGGUUGGUGGCGGGUAUUCACCAGAUGAUGUGCGAGGGGGAUGCGGCGGGGAUGGGCGAGGAAGGGUGGAGCCGGGGUCGGAGAGGGGGUGGGAGUGGGGGUGAGGUUGGGGAGGAGGGGGGCGGGAGAGGGGAAGAGCAUAUGAGAUUCUACCAGCAGCUGGUAGGAGCACCCAUCAUGCCCUCCGUCCCUGUCUCCUGCAUCAUCCUGCAAGCCCCCACCGAAGCCAUCCCUCCCAGGGAUCCGGAAUCGAUCCACCUGCUUUCUGCUGCUGCUAAUGCCUCCACGUCUUUGCCCACGCUCUCCGCGCUGAAGGGAUACGGGGGAGAAGGGGAGAAGUGCAGGGGGCAGGGAGAGUGUCAACAGGGGCGGAAUGGAGAUGCAGAAGGGGCAGUAUAUGCAGCAGCAGUAGGGGAAGGAGCAACUGGAAGAGCAAAAACAGCAGAUGGGGUAGGAGAAGCAGCAGCGCCGGCGAAAGGGACGUGGGAGGAAUGGGAGGCGCGGCGUGUGUCAGGCAUAGCACGGGUGAUGCAGCAGACGCAGCAGAGAGCGAGUGCAGGCGAUGCGUUGAUCCUGUGGUCAGAGGCUACAAUCAUUCUGCUGUACGACCAUGAGGAGGACAAGCUCCUGGCUGACCUCUCUGCCUUAGCCAUCGCUGCCAGGGCCAACCGCACUGCCGCCGCUGCUGGGGAUGCUGCAGCUUCACCAGUCCUUGGGCCAUACCUGGGCGUUUCAUACGUGAAGCUCAUCACCUUCGUCCCGGAAAUCUUCAUCAACACGUUUGUCCUCAUCGACCCCAGCGGCGCCCACAUCCUGCACUACAACAAGUCGCACCUCUUUCCCUCUGUGGAGGCGGACGUCCUGCCGGGCUCUGGUUCCCUGCCCGUGGUGGACACGGAACUUGGGAGAAUGUCCGUGGCCGUCUGCCUUGACAUGCAGUUCCCUGCACUCAUCCGCCAGGCCGGCAGACAAGGAGUGGACAUUCUGCUGGAGCCCAGCUGGUCGUGGGGCGCCACAGGCCACCUGCUUUCUGAUGGAGACGCAGUGAGAGCGGCAGAGAAUGGCCUCACUCUUCUGCGUUGCUGCUCCGUUGGGGUUUCAGGAGUCGUGUCUCCUCACUACCGCACCCUUGCUGCACGGGAAGGGCUAUCUUCUGGGACGCUCUCAAUGAACCUGCCCCGCCUGCCCCAUGCCCCAGCACUCUACCCCUUCAUUGGCCUACCCAUCUCCCUCCUCCUCCUCUCCCUCACCCUCCUUGCAACAUUUCUUGCCGUUUGCCCCGCCCUUUUGAAAUUCCUUUUUGUCACCCCACCCUGCUCGUUGCUGCCUCACCCUCUCUGGUUGGCUGGGCAGCAGGGGGAGGGGGAGAGGGAGAAGGGUCAGAGCAGUGGAGAGGGUAUAGAUAGUGAUACAUGA